AUAAAGCAGAUCCAUGGAGGUACAUGCAGUCUCGAUGAUUUCAAUUCACUUCACAAUGCUUUGAAAGAAGAAUUGUCCAAUAAGAAGUUCUUUAUUGUUCUUGAUGAUGUUUGGAGUGAUGAUGGUGACAAAUGGAGUAAUUUUAUGACCCCUUUCCAACAAAAUGGGAAUAAGGGAAGUAUUGUUCUUCUGACUACUCGGGAGGAAAAUGUUGUUUCUGCAGUUCGAAAUUGUCAGCCUUAUUUUCUCAGGAAGUUGUCGGAGGACUAUUGUUGGUCAGUGCUUGCAGAAAAUGCAUCUUUUCCACAGUCAAAUGGGAGAGCAGCACUUGAAGAAAUAGGUAGAAAGAUUGUCAAAAAGUGUGAUGGCUUGCCAUUAGCUGCAGAAACACUUGGUCGCUUGUUACGUACAAAGCAUGAUGUUGAGGAAUGGAACAAGAUACUAAUGAGUCAUAUUUGGGGAUUUUCUUUGGAGAAGAGUAAGAUUAUUCCAGCAUUACUGAUAAGUUACUUCCAUCUGUCUCCACAUUUAAAGCGUUGUUUUGUUUACUGUGCUUUAUUUCCCAAGGAUUAUAAAUUUGAGAAAGAUAAAUUAAUCCUUUUGUGGAUCGCAGAAGAUCUUUUACCACCACCAAAGAGAGGAGAGAGUUUAGAAGAAGUUGGUUGUGAAUGUUUUGAUGAACUAACUUCCAGAUUAUUUUUCACGAAGAUUAAAGACGGUAAUGAUUAUUUUGUGAUGCAUGAUCUCUUGCAUGAUUUAUCAAUAUUCCUUGCUGGAGAUUUCUAUUGCAACUCAGAAGAACUUGGUGAAGAGGAGGAGAUAAGGAUUCAGACUCGGCAUUUGUUUGUAGAUUUAAGUCGUUGUAGCUCAAAACUUUAUAAUUCUAUUUCUAAAGUAGAAUCUUUGAGAACAUUAUUAUUGUAUGGCGGUUUCUCAUCUCCCAACUGCAACAUUGAAGCGGCAACAUGUGAGAUAUUAUCAAAGUGUACAUACUUGAGAGUUUUAUCCCUUACAAAAUUUGAUCUGGUGCCUAAUUCAAUUGGAAAAUUAAUCCAUCUGCGCCACUUAGAUUUGUCUUACACUGGUAUAAAGACAUUAUCCAAGUCGUUGUGCAACUUGUCUAAUUUGCAAACCUUGAAGUUGUAUCAUUGUCGUAAGCUAACUACGCUGCCUAGUGGUUUGCAUAAUCUUGUUAGUUUGCGGCAUCUUGAUAUUAGAGAAACUUCCUUGAAAGAAAUGCCCAGAAAAAUGAGCAAAUUGAAGCAGUUGCACGUUUUAAGUUCCUUUGUCGUUGGCAAGCAAGAAGACAACGGAAUCGAGGAGUUAGGAGGGCUGGCAAAUCUUCAUGGAUGCCUUGAGAUUAAGAAGUUGGAGAAUAUUGUUGAUGUGCAAGAAGCAAAGAGGGCAAAGAUAAUGGAUAAGAAGCACAUUGAUGAAUUAUGCUUGGAAUGGCUUCCAAGUAAGGAUUUGGUUUCAAGCAAACAAAAAGAAACAGACAUUCUUCAUAACUUGCAACCGCAGAAUGGGUUGAAAGAGUUGAAAAUCAAGGGAUACAAGGGUACAAUAUUUCCAGAUUGGUUAGGGAGCUGUUCCUACGAAAAGAUGACACGUGUAUCUCUAAAGUCUUGCAAGAAUUGCUGGAUGCUGCCUUCACUUGGACAGCUGCCAUCUCUUAAGUCCCUAAGUAUUGAAGGUUUCGAGCAGCUGAGGUGUAUUGGCGAAGAGUUUUACAAGAAUGAAGGAGAUCAUCAUUCUUCGCAUAUUGCACCGUUUCCCACACUGGAGACUUUGGUAUUUGAUAAGAUGCCAUGUUGGGAGGUGUGGCACGUAUCUGAGUCGGAAACUUUUCCUCAACUUAGGAUGCUUGAAAUAAGAAGAUGCCCAAUGUUGAAGGAAGAGAUGCUUAAUCAGGUAUUCUUCGGAAUAGUUUCUUCCUUGUCGGAUGUUUCCAAAGUUCGCAAACUACGUAUAGGCGACCACUUUAUAGAACGGCACACCGAGGCCAUGUUUCUUGAUGGGGAUACUUUAAGAAUUAGGGGAAGUAAAUCUGUGAUGGAGUCUGCAUGGAAGGCAAUGAUCAGCAUCAACCAUCUAAGUUACCUCCAAGAAAUACGCAUCUGGAGGUGUAGAAAACUAGAAUUCCCCCAGCUACAGCAGCACAAGUAUGAUUUGGUAGAGCUACAAAUACUAGACAGCUGUGAUUCACUGACCUCCUUGUCGUUGGAUGCCUUUCCCAAUCUCAAGAAUCUCCAGAUAUCAUGGUGUAGGAAUCUGGAAUCAGUGUCAAUGUCAGAGGCACCACACGCUGCUCUUCAACGUCUCUCCAUCCGUGGAUGCGACAAAUUAGUAUCAUUUGCAGGAGAAGGACUGGCUGCACCCAACUUGACUCAUCUCAAUGUUAGCAGGUGCUCAAAGUUGGAGGCAUUACCACGUGACAUGAAGAGUCUACUCCCAAGUUUACACACUCUCAAGAUAUAUGGUUGCCCAAACAUUUGCAGGUUGCCAGAGGGUGAUUUGCCGCCUAACUUGAAAUCACUUGGUGUGGGAGGUUGCGAGGAACAACUGAGGGAUCUAUCAUGGAUGGCCAACUUGCACGCCCUCACUCAUCUUAUCAUUAGAGGUUCUGGUUGUGAUAACGUGAAGUCAUACCCAGAGGUGGGUUCGCUGCCUCACCUUCCCUCCCUUACGACUCUUUGUAUUGAAUACUUUGAUAAUCUGGAGACAUUGGAGUGCAACGAGCUUCUCCACCUCACCUCCCUUCAACAACUACACAUUUCAUUCUGCAUCAAGCUGGAGAAUAUGGAAGGAGAAAAGCUGCCUCCCUCUCUCUUGCUACUUCAACUUACAAGGUGUGGCUUGCUGGGAGAACACUCCAAGAACAAGCAUCAACUAAUCUGGUCCAAAAUUUCCCACAUUCGCACCAUUCAUGUCAAAAACGGAUUCUGAGUAGUGAUAUAUCAGUGCCCAGCAUUUGGUAACAUAUUGUACCAUAUCUAUCCUUAUCAUCAGCGAGAACUAGAAGGUGUGUCAGGAGAAAGCCUCUGAGCUCUGCAUGAGAUACAUUGAGGAAUAAGCAGCAAUACAGAAACAUGGGAAUACCCUUGCUGUCACUUGACCAGAGAAGGUCAAAUAUUCUGAAAACAGAAGCAAUGUCUAUUGCAGAAAAGAAGAGGGAAACUUGAAAGCUAAAAUGUUGUGGAUAGUUAGUUGCAAUGGUCAAUACAA